AUGUCAGUGGGGUGCUUGGACAACAUCGUUGUUGAAGUGCAAACGCAGAAUGAACUCGCGACAAAAGGAAUUCAACAUGGUGGCCACAAAAUGUCUGCAGAGUGCAAACCUGGGAAGACCUUCAGCAUUGCAGCAUUGCAGUCAAGAUUGACUAGCGAACGCGACAAAUUGCGAAAGCAGACUGACCGGGAUUUUCAGCCUUGUGAUGAUGACUUCACAGCUCCGAAGGCUUUUGACUACGACAAGGGCAUCAACUACUACACGGUUUUGGGUGUUGACGAGUAUGCGCCCCUCGAGGAAAUCAAGAAGGCGUACAAGAAACUCUCGUUGUUGUAUCAUCCCGACAAGACAUCUGGCUUGACCAAAGAGGAGCAGGAAGAGCGAGCUGGUGUUUUCAUCGAACUGAAGAAUGCAUACCUGGUGCUAGCUGACCAGGCAACACGACGGCAAUAUGACCGAGAUCGGGAUUCCACCACUGCAGGUAGUGAGGUGAAUGGCUACCAGAGACGAAAGGAUCGGGUGCCAUUUGAUGCGACUGAGAUGAUGAAGAAGAUUCAAGAGCACUACAAGCCUCCUGGCCGUGAAAUCGAUGUGGAGGUCUUGUGCAAACUGGAGAAAUUCUUCUACGGCGGAGCGAAGAGUGUCGUGAGGAACAGACGUGUUAUUCGCGACUUCCAAGAGUCCUACGAAGACAAGCAGUUUCGCAUCGAUGUUCCCAAAGGCGCUGAAGAGCCCUUUGAAUGCAAGAUGAAAGGUGGAGACAUGAAUCUGGAGACGCAGACGGACAUGCUGCGGUUCAUCCUGAAGACCAAACCACACAAGGUUCUUGAGCGUCAUGGAUGCGAUUUGCACGUUGCAAAAGAGCUAAGACUCCGGCCCGACGCUCAUUUGCAACCAUUCUUGAGCACUGCUGUCAAUACGGUAGAUGGACGUACCCUGGCGAUUUGGGGCCAAAAUCCGCUUUAUUCACAGGGAGUUUCUUCCACGACGCGUGUUCAUGUGUCAGUCAAGGGAGAAGGCAUGGGAGAAAAAGGCCGCCUUCACUUCUCAGCUCGAGUGGCAGCCAGGGCGGGCAGCCGCGAAACUUUCAUAGCAAAGGUGCAGAUGACCUACACCAAGCUUUGCUUUCAUGUUGGAGUUCCCAUGAGUGGCACAAAUGCAACAGUUCAGGACCUCAAAGAAGCUAUUCGAGAACUUCUUCAAUGGCCUGAAGACCACAAAGUGCUGAUCAAAAGGCGUUCUCAGGCAAUCUUAGAGGACCAGGCUGUCCUUUCUCCAGAGGAUGGAGAAGUUCUCCUUGAAUGCAAGGAGCAACUUGGAGCAAGUCAGAGCGCAUGGUUGAAGUCCUUUCCUCAGAUCCUUCAGUUGCUUCGUGCUACCUUCGUGCUCAUUGGUGCUCAUUGGUGCGAUUUUAGCCACAGCGCAUUGCUGUGUGGCUAUGCAGCUUCAUUGGAAGGUCUGUGGGCAGCUACACAGCGGGCCCUGUGGGUGUUGCGCGAGGAGCCGGAUGCGGAGACUCUCCAGCAUCGCUUUGCGCAGUUCGGCUUUAGGCCCCGGAAGCCGAUUCCCCUCUGGAUACCUCGACGUCGCAAACUUGCUCGUGAAGAGGUGGAAGAGUUCCUGAUCCGAAAUCAGUUGGGCCCUGCCAAGUGGCAGGAGAACCUGCCAGACCCUGGAUCGGAGACAGAACCAGAGCAUGAAUCACCAGACUUUGAGAGCUUCAGAGUGCAAAAGUUGCGGGAGGAAGAAGAGCAGGACAAGGAAUUGCAGAGUUUUCUGCUUCAUGGGGCAUCACAGACCACCUCAGAGCGUCGCGUCAAGAGAUCAGCAGCAUUUGGCGCAGCAGCACAUCCUCUGAUGCUACGCAGGGAGGAACAACGUGCACAGCUACCAGUGGACUGCACUCUUGAGCUGGAACCGCUUUUUCCAGGUCACGAGUCCAUGCAGCUUUUUACCAAGCCGACUUGUUUCCUGCGAUUUUAUUCCAACAUCAACCAGCUCCAGAAGGUUCAUGCAGGCAGUCCUGGUCACUUGCAGCCAACUCCGGUGUUUGCUGUGGCGGUCAGCUGCCCGAAUGGUGCCAAACGGGCUGGCAGAGAGGAGUGGAUGCGGCUCCGACAUGAGCUAAUGCCCCUCUUGAAGCAAGGACCCAUCAUUUUCCUCGCGCAAGCCAGACAGCUGCUACCGCGCCAGUUGUUGUCCCAACCAGCUGCCACAGAAUAUCAAGCAACAGAAAACGUUUCUGUUUGCGUGGGGCGAGGCCCAGAAGCUGCAGAUGAUGCUGUGGAUGCUGCCAGUGAUAGCGGUGAGGAGAACAGUGCAGAAGUGAUUCAGUUGGCCAAGGAAAAGGUGAAGGAAACUCGAGAAGCCGAUGGAGAAGAAGUGGAUUUUGACGAUUUGGAUAUCCUAGAUGAACUCGAAGAAGCUGCUGCUGCCAUUCGAAAGGAGCGUCGAGAACAGCGCCGCCGUCGUCGAGCUGCACGGGAGGCCUGGAUAAGGGAAGCAAAGAUUGAGGCGAAAAGAAAGGAGGCGCUUGAAGUUUCUGGUGCAGCUAGUGUGAAGCCUGCUGCCAGUAUUCAUGAGCGACCUCCUUGGCUUUGGAAACAGCUUGCAACAGAUGCCUUCAAGUCUGGCAACUACUAUCAGGCUCAGUUCUACUAUACACGGGAAGCUGAAUCCUAUGGCUUGGAGCCUUUUACAGCUUCCAUCAUCCACGAUAAGGUCAAUGGUAAACAAGAGAUCUCCGAUUGCAAUGGCCAGAAUAUCGAGAGUCAGCCGAGUCAGCUGGCUACAGCUCUAUCAAAUAGGUCCCAUUGCUUUGCUCGUUUGGGUCACUUUGAAGCAUCUUUGGCAGAUGCUCGGAGAGCUGCAGAGAUUCGUCCAGACUGGGCAAGAGCUUGGAGCCGUGUGGGAGCAGCGGCAGCAGCUGGUUCUGCGGAGGCUUGUGACGCAUGGCGCCGGGCUGUGCAAAUCGAUCCUUGCAGCAAUCACUUGGAGGGCCUGGAAGAAGCCUGUCGACGGGCACAGAAAGGUGCUGGCAAGGAACAGGGCAAUGAGGCUUUGCGAGCACGGGACUGGCAUGGAGCUAUAGCCUGCUUCACUGAGGCUUUGGCAGUGAUUCCUGCCCGAUCACAGUCCACGCAAGAUGGAUACAGUUUACUUCGCUGCAUCCUUUUCUCCAACAGAUCUGGUGCAUUUGCACGGGCUGGUCGCUGGAACGCAGCGGUUCUCGAUGCAGAGCGGGCUUUGGCAGAAGAACAAACAUAUCCAAAGGCAUACACCAGGCUGGGAGUUGCAUUGCUAGGAUGUCGAGAGAACGAAAAAGCCUACGUAGCAUUCGCAACAGCUUUGAAGGCAGAAGAGAGAAAUCAGGCAGCGAGCAAAGGAAGACAAGCAUGCCUGCAGCUUGUACCCCAAUGGCGUUCUUCUGCCGCAGCUUUGCGCCGCAGUAGAUUUCUUCGUGAUGCGUGCAGACCGGCCAGAACAAGCCGAAUCUUCCUCCUUUCAGAACUUCGAUUUGGGCACGCCUCCAAUGAAGCGUGGGUGCAUGGCAUACAUGCGACAAAAUUCUUGGAUGACGUUCUGAUUUUAACGGGCAAUGUGGCCGAUUCGUUCAGAGCGCUCGAGCGAGGACUGACAGCACUGCGGCCAAAGUUUCGACGUAUUUUCUUCACGCCUGGAAAUAAUGAAAUGUGGAUCACACCGCUGGAGUCGCAGAUGUUUCCGGAUUCUUUGUGCAAACUUUGGGCGAUUCUUGAGCUUUGCGAUCGACUGGGGGUCGAAGUUGCACCUGCUGCUGUUUCAGAAGGAGUAUUUGUGGUGCCUCUCUUCUCUUGGUACAAUCCAGAGUUCGAUACGGAAGACCCGUAUCCAGACACUCAGUUCCAGCAUGACAAGUAUGCCAAAUGGCCCAUGGACGCAAAUCAUCAGGUUUGGAGAUACAUGCUUGCCUUGAACAGGAACGAACUUAAAAGACCGUACCAUGGAACAGUUCUGACCUUCUCACACUUUGUGCCUCGAAGCUCUUUGCCCGUCUCCAGAGAAUAUGGUGGAGCAAAGGUAUCGGGCUGUGCAGAACUUGAUGAUCAAAUCCGAGAAGCCAGGAGCUCCUGCCAUUUGUAUGGACACACAUUUAAGAACUUCAGCAAGGAAGUGGAGGACGUGAUUUACAUCAAUUGCGCACACAAGAGUGGUGGGCAGGAUGAGCCGAUACCGCAGAAGCCCCAGUGGCAGAAGUCGGUUAGGCAGUUGGUUCUUCAAGACCACAUUUGGUCAUGGCGACUGGUUUGCGACCGCACUGCUUCUUUUCCAGGUGUGUAUUCAAUGGUGAGAGGGUUUGCUGCGACAUGGUCUCUGUGCACUGACAACUUUCAAUGUUGA